CUGUCUGAGCUCCCAGCUGCCGCCUACCUCCAGUAAGGCCACGGUAGUAAAAAGCCGCCCACAUUGAGUCAACUAUAAAUUCUUGUCUGUGUGAGUGAUGCUUUCGGUAGCUAUGGAAACCUAAUAUAAUGCACACUCGCCUUCCUCCCUCUCUCUCUGUCUCUCCCUCCUCCCCUCUCACUCUCUGCUUAUGUCUCUCUCCCUCCACACCAAAGCUCUUUAGGCUACUUUGCGCAUGUACGGCCAGUCAAACCGAACAUUGCAUCGACUCCAAGAUGGCGAAAACACGUCUGGCUUGCCUCCUGACUCUCCUCUCAACUCACUGCUACUACAGCGUGUUUGCAGUGGUCCUGAAAACAAACAACGAAUCACCGUGGACCGAUGAGUUUGACAAAAUCGAGCUAUCAUGUUUGAUUGAGUCCAUUUCUACAACCAGUCCCAGAAUUGAAUGGAAGAAGAUUACAAAUGAUGGACCAAGUUAUGUGUACUUUGACAAGAGGAUCUCAGGCGACCUGGAGAACAGAGCGGUGAUCAGAGAACCUGCCACAUUAGUGAUAACCAAUGCCACAAGAUCAGACACAGCCAAAUAUCGUUGUGAGGUCACCGCUGCUGACGACCAGAAGUCAUUUGAUGAGAUUGUGAUUGACCUUGUUGUAAGAGUAAAGCCAGUGGUGCCAAAAUGCAGUGUCCCAAAAUCAGUGCCUUUUGGGAAGUCAGCUGAGCUGAGCUGUGUGGAGGACGAGGGCUUCCCCAAGUCUCAGUACCAGUGGUUCAAGAACAGGGAAGAGAUUCCAGAUGACCCGAAGACCAGCUUCAAGUUCUUCAACUCCUCAUACACACUCAAUGCAGAAACAGGAACUCUGAAGUUCAUCGCAGUCAGAAAAGAAGAUGCAGGCGAGUACUACUGCCGAGCGAAGAACGAUGCAGGAUACUCUGAGUGUCCACCCCAGAAGAUGGAAGUCUAUGAUAUUGACAUUGUGGGGAUUAUACUGGGAGUGCUGGUGGUGGUCGUAGUGCUCUUAUGUAUAACAGUGGGGAUCUGCUGUGCAUACAAGCGAGGCUACUUCUCCAGCCAAAAACAGACAGGGAACAAUUACAAAGUUCCAGCUAAAGGAGAUGGAGUGGACUACGUCAGGACGGAGGAUGAGGGGGAUUUCCGACACAAGUCAUCAUUUGUGAUCUGAAAGGGAGAGGAUUAUGAGGAGAACUGUGCUGAGUGAAAGAUGUGACAUGUGGGACGGCCUCCAUGCUGUCUGACCACGGAGCUGCCACAGUUCAUGCUCGGAGCUCUCAGCAUGACUGAAAUCCAACCACUCAAGUUUGCCAAAGGUGACAAGAUUUCACAGGAUAACAACAUGUCAGACCAUUACACAUGUAGGGACUGAGAUUCAUUUGUCAACUUUUAUCACCCACAACUGAAUUAUUUUGCUAAAUUAUGGAGUUGUUACUUUCCAGUUAUUAUUGCAUGGUUUUAAACACCAACCGAGUUGAAAAAAAUGAAACAUUUCUUUGUUCUGACAGGUAGAAAGGGAGGAGUCUCUUCCCUCCAAAGUCACUCUAUCAUGACACCUUUCUACCUUUGCUUCAAACCUUUUGUCAUUUGUAUACCAUUUCUUUUCUACUGUUGAAAUUUGUCAGACUAUUUUUGAUGGAAUAUAUUUUAAAAUGCCUAUAGAUAAAGGUUUACUUUUUUAAAUAUUUGUAAAAUACUAACAUGUGUUGUUUUUUUAUUUGGUUGUGGAUAAAAAAAUAUGUAACACUUUAACCACUUUGCAUCAAGCUGUAAGCAUUUACACCUUGCAAUCAGAAGAAAGACAAAUGAAAAAAAAUGACUUGUAUCAUCAUAUCAAGAUGUGCUUCUUGAUCAGCCGGGUUACAUAUUUAAUUUCUUUGCUGGGAAAGCCAACUUUCUGUUUGUGAGAGACUUCCAGGUUCAUGUUUGUAGAUAGUCUUAGUAUAAGGCUUUGAAGAGUGCCAGUCAAAUGCUGUGAAACACUGCACACAAUCAGUGCUGCAUUUUCUUGAUUUUAAGUGUCCUUCUAUGCUUGCUGUUGAUCUUGUAUAUAUUGAAUUCACUGUCGAGGAUAGAGUUUUGCUGUCAUAUGUUCAGUUCAGUAUUACACUAAUAAUGAUACAGGGUUUGUAAGUUAACCUUCCAGACCCAAACAAAACUAGAGGAUUGUUCACGUGAAAAGUUGUAAUACUAGACAUGGUACUUUUCACAUUUGACUGUGUAAAAGCCUUGAUUUGAAUUGUGAAUAGAAACAAAUUGGCUAAGCUGAUACAGAGAACAAAGCCUGUUACUGUGAGUUACAGUUCAGGAUUUUGUUAUUUUAAUCAUGACUCCUACCUAUUUUUUAAGCUACAAUUACUAAAGGUAUCAGCAACAUCAGUGAAAAUGUCUCAACAGUACAUACACAGGCUCUGACAGUCAGGUAAAGCACAUUAAACACAAUACACAAUUUUUUACAUAAACCCUGGGGCUGUAUUCACAAAGCUCUCCAGUACAAAGAGUUGCUCCUGUGACGGGAACUGCCCAUUGGUCCGACAGCC